AUGGGUGUGUUCUGAUAAACGCAGAUUCUCAUGUGUAUAAAAAGCUCCUGCAGGAGUUUCAGCAUCAGCUACUUCAACUUCAACCUCAACCUCAACUACAACCUCAACUACAGCAGAAGAUCCAGAAACUGCUCUAAUCUCUGAAGAUCAAGACUCAACAUCAGCAGCAGGAGGAUCAAGUGGCAGAUUUUUCAUAUUAGUUUGAAGUUUCCACAUCUUUCAAGUUCGAUCUCUAAAGGAAACACUUAUGGCAAUGCUGGUGUUGGUGUUUCUCCUACUUGGAGGUCAAUUCGCAGCCACUGCUGCCCAAACUACAAAUAGCACUGCAGAAACAUCAACUACUGUGACGACUGCAGCUACAACAACAGAAACUCAAACUUCAACAGUACCUACAACAGUGCCAACAACAGUACCUACAACAGUGCCUACAACAUCACCUACAACAGUUCCUACAACAGUGGAAACAACAGUUCCUACAACAGUACCUACAACAGUACCUACAACAUCACCUACAACAGUUCCUACAACAGUGGAAACAACAGUUCCUACAACAGUGGAAACAACAGUUCCUACAACAGUUCCUACAACAGUACCUACAACAGUGCCUACAACAGUACCUACAACAGUGGAAACAACAGUGCCUACAACAGUACCUACAACAGUGCCUACAACAGUACCUACAACAGUAACCAUUCAAACACCAGCAGCCACUUCCUUUGAUUCAACUACUGCUGCUACUUCAACACCAACAGCUGGAGCAUCUACCAGUACUGCUGCUGUUGCUUCCUCUGACUCUACUACUACUGCUGCUACUUCAACACCAACAGCUGGAGCAUCUACCAGUACUGCUGCUGCUACCUCCGACUCUACUACUGCUGCUGCUUCUGCUUCAACAUCAACAGCUGGGGUAUCUACCAGUACUGCUGCUGCUGCUUCAACAUCAACAGCUGGAGCAUCUACUAGUACUGCUGCUGUUGCUUCCUCUGACUCUACUACUACUGCUGCUACUUCCACACCAACAGCUGGAGCAUCUACUAGUACUGCUGCAGCAGCAUCCUCUGACUCCACUACUGCUGCUACUUUAACACCAACAGCUGAAGCAUCUACCAGUACUGCUGCUGUUGCUUCUGUCUCUACUACUGCUGCUGCUGCUUCAACAUCAACAGCUGGAGCAUCUACCAGUACUGCUGCUGCUUCCUCUGAUUCUACUACUGCUGCUGCUGCUUCAACAUCAACAGCUGGAGCAUCUACUAGUACUGCUGCCGCAGCAUCCUCUGACUCCACUACUGCUGCUACUUUAACACCAACAGCUGGAGCAUCUACCAGUACUGCUGCUGCUUCCUCUGAUUCUAUUACUACUGCUGCUGCUUCAACAUCAACAGCUGGAGCAUCUACUAGUACUGCUGCCGCAGCAUCCUCUGACUCCACUACUGCUGCUACUUUAACACCAACAGCUGGAGCAUCUACCAGUACUGCUGCUGCUACCUCUGACUCUACUACUGCUGCUGCUGCUGCUGCUUCAACACCAACAGCUGGAGCAUCUACCAGUACUACUGCUGCUUCAACAUCAACAGCUGGGGCAUCUACCAGUACUGCUGCUGCUGCCUCUGACUCUACUACUGCUGCUACUUCCACAACAACAGCUGGAGCAUCUUCCAGUGCUUCUACACCUGUUCAAACAGUAUCUACAUCUAGUGCAAUUACAGGCACCACAUCUACUACUGGUGCAACCUCUGAUUCUACUACAGCAGCUGCUACCGUGACCACCACAACUUCACCAGCUUCAACAUCUACCCAAGCAACCAGCCCUGCAAGUACAGUGACUGCAGCAGUAGUUCCUGUUACAACAACAACCUCUACUUCUACUACUACUACUACUAGUGUACCAACAACCACUGCAAGCACCACCAGAACACCAACCAGCACUGCUGCUACCACCACAACCACACGUUCCACCACAACCACACGCUCCACCACAAUCACCACAGCAGGAAACUCCAGUGAAAUAAGCUGCAGAGCAGGACUACUAAUGGCUGUGUUUCUUGUCAUUAUUUCACAUGUACUGAGCUAUAGAGUGAUGGAACAGCUCUUUGUUUCUGAGCUGGUCCCUCCCAGAACGUAUGAGAUGAGGACAUCUCUAAAGGAAACACUUAUGGCAAUGCUGGUGUUGGUGUUUCUCCUACUUGGAGGUCAAUUCACAGCCACUGCUGCCCAAACUACAAAUAGCACUGCAGAAACAUCAACUACUGUGACGACUGCAGCUACAACAACAGAAACUCAAACCUCAACAGUACCUACAACAGUGCCUACAACAUCACCUACAACAGUUCCUACAACAGUGGAAACAACAGUUCCUACAACAGUAUCUACAACAGUACCUACAACAGUACCUACAUCAGUGCCUACAACAGUAUCUACAACAGUACCUACAACAGUGGAAACAACAGUACCUACAACAGUAUCUACAACAGUACCUACAACAGUGGAAACAACAGUACCUACAACAGUGCCUACAACAUCACCUACAACAGUUCCUACAACAGUGGAAACAACAGUUCCUACAACAGUAUCUACAACAGUACCUACAACAGUGCCUACAACAGUACCUACAACAGUACCUACAACAGUAACCAUUCAAACACCAGCAGCCACUUCCUUUGAUUCAACUACUGCUGCUACUUCAACACCAACAGCUGGAGCAUCUACCAGUACUGCUGCUGCUACCUCCGACUCUACUACUGCUGCUGCUUCUGCUUCAACAUCAACAGCUGGGGUAUCUACCAGUACUGCUGCUGCUGCUUCAACAUCAACAGCUGGAGCAUCUACUAGUACUGCUGCUGUUGCUACCUCUGACUCUACUACUACUGCUGCUACUUCAACACCAACAGCUGGAGCAUCUACCAGUACUGCUGCUGCUACCUCCGACUCUACUACUGCUGCUACUUCCACACCAACAGCUGGAGCAUCUACUAGUACUGCUGCAGCAGCAUCCUCUGACUCCACUACUGCUGCUACUUUAACACCAACAGCUGGAGCAUCUACCAGUACUGCUGCUGUUGCUUCUGUCUCUACUACUGCUGCUGCUGCUUCAACAUCAACAGCUGGAGCAUCUACCAGUACUGCUGCUGCUUCCUCUGAUUCUACUACUGCUGCUGCUGCUUCAACAUCAACAGCUGGAGCAUCUACCAGUACUGCUGCCGCAGCAUCCUCUGACUCCACUACUGCUGCUACUUUAACACCAACAGCUGGAGCAUCUACCAGUACUGCUGCUGCUACCUCUGACUCUACUACUGCUGCUGCUGCUGCUGCUUCAACACCAACAGCUGGAGCAUCUACCAGUACUACUGCUGCUUCAACAUCAACAGCUGGGGCAUCUACCAGUACUGCUGCUGCUGCCUCUGACUCUACUACUGCUGCUACUUCCACAACAACAGCUGGAGCAUCUUCCAGUGCUUCUACACCUGUUCAAACAGUAUCUACAUCUAGUGCAAUUACAGGCACCACGUCUACUACUGGUGCAACCUCUGAUUCUACUACAGCAGCUGCUACCGUGACCACCACAACUUCACCAGCUUCAACAUCUACCCAAGCAACCAGCCCUGCAAGUACAGUGACUGCAGCAGUAGUUCCUGUUACAACAACAACCUCUAUUUCUACUACUACUACUAGUGUACCAACAACCACUACAAGCACCACCAGAACACCAACCAGCACUGCUGCUACCACCACAACCACACGCUCCACCACAACCACACGCUCCACCACAAUCACCACAGCAGCAAACUCCAGUGAAAUAAGCUGCAGGGCAGGACUACUAAUGGCUGUGUUUCUUGUCAUUAUUUCACAUGUACUGAUUCGAUCUCUAAAGGAAACACUUAUGGCAAUGCUGGUGUUGGUGUUUCUCCUACUUGGAGGUCAAUUCACAGCCACUGCUGCCCAAACUACAAAUAGCACUGCAGAAACAUCAACUACUGUGACGACUGCAGCUACAACAACAGAAACUCAAACCUCAACAGUACCUACAACAGUGCCAACAACAUCACCUACAACAGUGCCUACAACAUCACCUACAACAGUUCCUACAACAGUGGAAACAACAGUUCCUACAACAGUGGAAACAACAGUUCCUACAACAUCACCUACAACAGUUCCUACAACAGUGGAAACAACAGUUCCUACAACAGUACCUACAACAGUACCUACAACAGUACCUACAUCAGUGCCUACAACAGUAUCUACAACAGUACCUACAACAGUGGAAACAACAGUACCUACAUCAGUGCCUACAACAGUAUCUACAACAGUGGAAACAACAGUACCUACAACAGUACCUACAACAGUACCUACACCAGUAACCAUUCAAACACCAGCAGCCACUUCCUUUGAUUCAACUACUGCUGCUACUUCAACACCAACAGCUGGAGCAUCUACCAGUACUGCUGCUGCUACCUCCGACUCUACUACUGCUGCUGCUUCUGCUUCAACAUCAACAGCUGGGGUAUCUACCAGUACUGCUGCUGCUGCUUCAACAUCAACAGCUGGAGCAUCUACCAGUACUGCUGCUGUUGCUUCCUCUGACUCUACUACUACUGCUGCUACUUCAACAUCAACAGCUGGAGCAUCUACCAGUACUGCUGCUGUUGCUUCCUCUGACUCUACUACUACUGCUGCUGCUUCAACAUCAACAGCUGGAGCAUCUACCAGUACUGCUGCUGUAGCCUCUGACUCUACUACUGCUGCUACUUCCACAACAACAGCUGGAGCAUCUACUAGUACUGCUGCAGCAGCAUCCUCUGACUCCACUACUGCUGCUACUUUAACACCAACAGCUGGAGCAUCUACCAGUACUGCUGCUGUUGCUUCUGUCUCUACUACUGCUGCUGCUGCUUCAACAUCAACAGCUGGAGCAUCUACCAGUACUGCUGCUGCUUCCUCUGAUUCUACUACUACUGCUGCUACUUCAACACCAACAGAUGGAGCAUCUACCAGUACUGCUGCUGCUACCUCCGACUCUACUACUGCUGCUGCUUCUGCUUCAACAUCAACAGCUGGGGUAUCUACCAGUACUGCUGCUGCUGCUUCAACAUCAACAGCUGGAGCAUCUACUAGUACUGCUGCCGCAGCAUCCUCUGACUCCACUACUGCUGCUACUGUAACACCAACAGCUGGAGCAUCUACCAGUACUGCUGCUGCUACCUCUGACUCUACUGCUGCUGCUGCUGCUUCAACACCAACAGCUGGAGCAUCUACCAGUACUACUGCUGCUUCAACAUCAACAGCUGGGGCAUCUACCAGUACUGCUGCUGCUGUCUCAGACUCUACUACUGCUGCUACUUCCACAACAACAGCUGGAGCAUCUUCCAGUGCUUCUACACCUGUUCAAACAGUAUCUACAUCUAGUGCAAUUACAGGCACCACAUCUACUACUGGUGCAACCUCUGAUUCUACUACAGCAGCUGCUACCGUGACCACCACAACUUCACCAGCUUCAACAUCUACCCAAGCAACCAGCCCUGCAAGUACAGUGACUGCAGCAGUAGUUCCUGUUACAACAACAACCUCUACUUCUACUACUACUACUAGUAGUGUACCAACAACCACUGCAAGCACCACCAGAACACCAACCAGCACUGCCGCUACCACCACAACCACACGUUCCACCACAACCACACGCUCCACCACAAUCACCACAGCAGCAAACUCCAGUGAAAUAAGCUGCAGGGCAGGACUACUAAUGGCUGUGUUUCUUGUCAUUAUUUCACAUGUACUGAGCUAUUAAAUUAAGCUAGGAUCAAAGCAAUAUGCAGUACACAGUACGCUGGUUAUAAGGUUAUAUGUACAUGUUAGAAUCCAUAGGGCUGGACUAUAUGGGCAGAAGUCAAUUAAAAACACAUAUAUUAAUUUUGGUUAAUAUGAUGAUAUCAUCAAUACACGCAAUUAAAAAAAAAGCGAAAGAAACUGUCCAGUAUUCCCAAGUGGCAAUUUUCCUGAUCUAAUGAUCUGAUUAAUUUGUUUCACAAGUAUUACGCUAAUAUAUUUAUUUAUUUAAAGCACUUUACUAGUUUAUUGUUUUCAAACUACAGUAAGAAAUUACAGUAUAUAGCUUAUAUAAACAUAUAAGCUCUAACUUGUUGUCUUUUAUGUUUUACUUAAUUUACUUAAUUAUUUACUGAUGUAUUAAUUGUUCACAGUUAGCUGUGUAACUGAAUCUGAAGCAUACACUUUACAACAUGUGAAAAAAAUGGUGAUACAAAUGAUUAUUACUAAUGCCAUAAAAUAAACAUUGUUUUUUAAGGGAUUAAAUAAGUCUCACAUCUCCUUUACAAGAUUGGUCUUUUUUAGAUUCUGAUUUUUUUUUUUAUGGCAUCACUCAUAUAACCAUUUGUAUCACCAUUACUUUUAAAACAUACUCAUGGAUCAUGUAAUUUAUUUAUUUAUAUUUUGAAUGUUUUGUCUGUAGCUACUGUAGUUUUUCUGAUAAAGCAAUGCAUUAAACUUUAUUGUAGCUAUUGAUGCUUUAGCAAACACAAUGUUAAGUCACUUGUUUAAUUGUUUUAUUGUAUGAAAUAUUUAAUAAAUUAAAGUUUAAAAUGCAACACAGUGA